AUGAAAAAAAUAAUAUUUUUAGUAUUAUUUUUAAUAUUUAUUUUUAAAGAUAUAAAAUCAAGUUAUGGAGUAGAUUUAGUUAAUUUUAAAAUGAUUACUUUAUUAUCAAAUAAUUUUAAUGAUUUAGGAUUUAAUAAUAUGUUAAACCAAGGAAAAGUAAAUGUUGAAAAACAAUUAGGUAUAACUGACACCAAAGUAUAUAUCGUUGACGGCUAUAAUGAUACCAAAGCAUUACUUUUACCAAUGGUUCAAAAUGAAGAUGUUGACUUUGUGAUGUGUACAAGUUUAGGACAUGUAGAAGCUUGUAAAGAAAUUGCCAAAAUGUAUGAAGGCAGUCUAACGAUUAAAACUCAAUUUAUGGUAAGAGGCAGUUCAAACGCAACUUCAAAUCUUUUACAAGUUACUUAUAAUUAUGCAUCAAUUAAUUAUAUUAGUGGUGUUUUUGCAGGACUUUAUACCAAAACUAAUAAAAUUGGUUUCUUAUCACCUGGUUUAUUAGGUGGAAGUGCCGAUUGUUUUGUUUAUGCCUAUUGGCUCGGUGCAAAACAAAUUAAUCCAAAAAUUGAAUUUUACUAUUAUAACAUUGGUGCAUUUUUAAAUUCAGAUAAAACCACUCGUGCCACUGCAGAAUUAUUAGAUAUGGGUUGUGAUGUUAUUGGUGAUACUUUGGAUGAUUUCUCCGCUGGUAAUACUGUAAUUUCUCGUGGAUUCAAAGCAUUGGGUACAAAUGGUUUCCCACAAAGAGAAGUUUAUGGCGAAAAUGUUGUAUUCAGUUAUUCCUAUAACUGGACAAAAAUCUUUUUACCAAUUGUUAAAAAUGCAUUGGUUAAAGGUAAACCAAAGAAUAAUUAUGCAGAUUUUAAUAUUGAUCCAACAUUAAACUUUUAUGAUAUUUCCUAUGGUUUUGAUGUUCCACAAGACACUAAAACAAAAAUUAAUGACACCAUUUCAUAUUUAAAAUCAACUCCAAGAGCUAUUCAUCCAACUAAUUGCAAUGAUCUUAUGUUAAAAUAUGCAGAAAAAUGGAAUUUAACUAUGUCUACAACUUAUGAUCGUACAAAAUGUAUUGCUGGUUCAAAUUUCUUUUUUAUUAAUGAACCAUUCCCAGGUAUGACUUAUUUUGGUUAUUAUAAUAUUACAAAUACUCAAGUUAAAUUUUCACCAUCAAUUCAAAUUGGUGUUUCAAUUGUUUCUGGUGUAUUAAUUGCAAUCGUAUUAUUAAGUAUGGUUGGAGUUUAUAAAUAUAGAGCAUCAUCAUCAAUUCGUUCAGCAAGUCCAAUUUUCUUAAUUUUCAUAUUAUUUGGUGCAUUGAUAGUUUUUGGCGGUAUAAUUUUAUGGGUUAGUGAACUUAAUGAUCAUGUAUGCAAUGGAAGAUUAUGGAUGGUUACAUUGGGUUUUUCAACACUUAUUGGUAGUUUAGUAGUUAAAAACUUUAGAAUUUGGUUGAUUUUUGAUAAUCCAGAAUUAAAAACAGUUAAAAUUACCAAUUAUCAAUUAUAUCCAUGGGUUGCAUGUUGUUUGGUAAUCAAUAUCAUUUUAAUGAGUAUUUUAACAUCACUUGGUGAUUUAAGAGAAGUUGAUGCAACUGGUAUUGAUUCAUUAGGUAAAUAUGAAUUCUUGAAAAUUUGUAAAAUGAAUAACUCUGGUGCUUCAGUUUUAUACACGAUUUUGGCAUACUUUGGAGCAUUACUUUUAACAGGUGUUUUUGUAUCAUGGAAAAUUCGUAUUGUUGAUAUUGAAGAAUUCAAUGAAUCACGUGCCAUCGCUCAUACACUUUAUGCUAUUAGUUUUUGUCUUUUCGUUAUUGUACCAUUAAUGAUCUCCCCAUUGGAAAAACAAUCAGAAACUAUUAUUCUAAGUGUUGCUGGUCUUUUUAUUACAACUGCAGCAGUUUUAAUUAUUUUCUUACCAAAAUUCUAUAGAGUCUAUGAAUAUGGUGAAGAAGGUACAAAUGAAAUGUUUAAAUCUAAAAAAUCAUCAAAUAUUGCCACUGCUCGUGCUGAAAGUCAUAAAAGUUCAAAUAGUGGUAACCAUAGAACUAAUCGUAGAGGUAAUCUCGUAUCUGGUGAUUUCACUGAUGAUUCAGAAUCUUCAGUCAUUGAACCAAAUCAAGAAGUUGCUGAUGUUACAUCUGGUGCCGUUUUAGCUGAUUUCACUGAAGAAUCAGUUUCUGAAAUUGAUGAAAAUGAAAAAAACCACAAUGAUGAAAUUGAAUUACCAGAAAUAAAUCAAUCUGAACAACAAAAUUCAGAAAUUGAACAACCACCACCACCACCACCACCACAACAAAUAGAACCAGAUGAAAAGAAUCAAGAUUAA